AUGCCUUCCUUCAAAUCUUCCGACAUUCCUGACCUGACCGGCCGCGUCGCCAUCGUCACUGGUGGUAACAGUGGUCUCGGCGAGGCUUCGUGCCUCGAACUCGCUCGCAACGGUGCUAAAGUGUACAUGGCUUCGCGCACCGAGUCCAGAGCGCAAGAGGCGAUUUCCAAGAUCAAGCAAGCGGUGCCCAAAGCAGACAUCCACUUCUUGCAGCUCGACCUCACCGAACUUGCUGCGGUUCGCAAGGCGACCCAAGACUUCUUGUCGCACGAAACGCGCCUCGACAUCCUGCUCAAUAACGCCGGGGUCAUGUCGACACCCUACACCUUCACCAAGGACGGCCUCGAGCUGCAGGUGGGCACCAACGUCAUAGGCCACUACCUGUUCACCAUGCUGCUGCUGCCGACGCUCUACCAGACGUCCAAGCUACCGGAGUACGCCGAGCCGGACUCGCCAACAGUGCGGAUCGUCCAAGUCGCGAGCUUGGCCCACGCGAUGUCUCCUUCGGAUACGAGCUUCAAAGACCUCGAGGCGGUGAACAAGCAGCACUGGCCCGAAGUCAAGGGAACCUGGGAUAGGUAUGCUAAGAGCAAGCUCGGCAACAUCCUGAUCGCCAACGAGCUCGCGAAAUUGCUGCCCAAAGACGCGCGCAUCACCAGCAUCUCGGUCCACCCUGGUGUCGUGCGCUCCGGCCUCCUCCGCGGCGUGAACGAGUCGUACGGCGUGGUCGUCGCCGCCAUCAACUCGUUCACUAGCCGCUUCUUCACCAGUGCUGAAGACGGCGCGCUCACCCAGCUGUACGCUUGUACAUCGCUCGAGGUGGACCGUCUCAAUCUGAACGGUGCCUAUUUGGUGCCGGUGGCCAAAGUGGGCAAGAAGAGCAAGUUGGCUCAGGACAAGGAUGGAAAACUCGGCACCGAGCUGUUUAGCUUCUGCAACGCCUUCAUCAAGGAGAAGCUUAGCGUUGAUCUCGCUGCCGACUUGGAAAAGAGCGGUCUGCAGCUGCCUCAAAGCCAUCUCUAG